CGGGGCGGCAGAUACGCGUCUAGCUAUCUCUUAUGUAUCUGUUUACCGCUGAUUAGGAAUUCCGCUUCGAUUUGAUAAAGGGAGGGGGGGAAACACCCAUCCUUUCAACUUUGUUUUCCAACUCAACCACGUGCAUCCCUAAUCCCUUUUUGCCUACCAAGAAGCAUCAUCUUUCUUCCCUUGGUCAGGGCCCCUUCUGCGCAAGAUCCGCCAAGCUAUGUCCGCCGCUACCGUCCCCGUUCCGGCGCAGCCUCAGAAGCUGGAGAAGAAGCCCAUCAAGUUUUCCAACCUGCUUCUCGGCGCCGGCCUCAACCUCUUCGAGGUCACCACCCUCGGUCAGCCCCUGGAGGUCAUUAAGACCACCAUGGCCGCCAACCGUGGCGACGGGUUCGCGACCUCCUUGGGCCGCAUCUGGAGCCGCGGGGGGGUCCUGGGCUUUUACCAGGGUCUCAUUCCGUGGGCCUGGAUAGAGGCUUCGACCAAGGGCGCGGUGCUGCUCUUCGUUGCCUCCGAGGCCGAGUACUACGCACGUAGUCUGGGCGCCAGCGAGUUCGGCGGCGGCAUCAUCGGCGGAGUGGUGGGCGGUGUGUCGCAGGCAUACACGACCAUGGGCUUCUGUACCUGCAUGAAGACAGUCGAAAUUACCAAGCACAAGAUGAGUGCGUCAGGCCAGAAAGCCCCUGGUAUCUGGAUCACUUUUAUGGACAUCUUUCGACGAGAGGGCAUCCGCGGCAUCAACAAGGGUGUUCACGCUGUCGCUAUCCGCCAAAUGACCAACUGGGGAGCGCGCUUCGGCCUCAGCCGUCUUGCGGAGCAGGGUAUCCGCAAGGUCACCAACAAGGAUGGCGGUGAGAAGUUGAGCGCCUUUGAGAAAGUCACGGCCUCGGCUUUGGGCGGCGGCCUCUCAGCCUGGAACCAGCCGAUUGAGGUCAUCCGUGUUGAGAUGCAGAGCAAGAAGGAAGACCCCAACCGCCCAAAGAAGAUGACGGUGGGCAACACUUUCAAGUACAUCUACCAGACCAAUGGCCUCAAAGGUCUUUACCGCGGCGUUACCCCGCGCAUCGGGCUGAGUAUGUGGCAGACGGUCUGCAUGGUGGCCAUGGGUGACAUGGCCAAGACGUAUGUUGAGAAGCUGACCGGCGAUACGGUCACUGCAAAGCAUUAAGCGACGGCGUUUCUGAUAUCGGGGAGGAGGGGUGAUGUUGGAUUUACCACGUUGCCUUAACGGAAUCUACUUCCCGCUCUCGUUCUAGCCAGGUUAAAAUGACAAGUCUUUUUGGUUUCCUGUCGUCAAGGCAUCUCAGAAGGCCCAUUUGUAUGUAACCCUACCCAUAAGAACGAAUAUAGAAUAUACUAGGCAGUAAGCCUAUGCGUUUAGCAUGG